UGCGGUCUGUGAACUUCACUGACCGCAAAACAAGCGAGAAACUCCCUCACCGCAACGAGUCCCACCGCGCUUGGAUUUUACAAAAGUGGGAGACUGUACAAUCCUUGGCAGUGUUCUGAGACUGUACAGUCACUUUUGCCGUGCUGGUGGACUCUAUUGUAUUUUCACGAUCAGUUGUGCGUCCUUUUCUGUUAUUAACGCGCGCGUUCGCGGCGGUUUGGAGCGUGUCCUGUUUGCACAGAGACAGGACUGCUGUUCAACUGCGGGAAUUACGAGGGCACAGAGAUGACAGCCGAGAAAGAGAAGAAGAGGUGCAGCUCAGAGCGGCGUAAGGAGAAAUCUCGAGAUGCGGCACGCUGCAGGCGCAGUAAGGAGACGGAGGUGUUUUAUGAACUUGCCCGCCAGCUGCCUCUCCCACACAGCAUCAGCUCACAUCUGGAUAAAGCGUCCAUCAUGAGACUGGCCAUCAGCUACCUGCGGACACGCAAAAUCCUCACUUCAGGCUGCGCUUCUGCCACAGAGACGACUGACGUCGACAGACUGAUGGACAGUUGGUAUCUGAAGUCACUGGGUGGCUUCAUCAGCGUGGUAACAUCAGACGGUGACAUGAUCUUCUUGUCGGAGAACAUCAACAAAUUCCUGGGUCUCACACAGGUGGAACUCACAGGGCACAGUAUCUUUGAUUUCACUCACCCCUGUGACCACGAGGAGAUCCGCGAGAACCUCAGCCUCAAAGCUGGCAUGGGAAAGAAAGGCAAGGAGCUGAGCACAGAGAGGGAUUUCUUCAUGAGAAUGAAAUGCACAGUCACAAAUCGCGGGCGCACAGUCAACCUCAAGUCAGCCAGCUGGAAGGUCCUGCACUGCACGGGGCACCUAAAGGUGUAUAAUGGCUGUCCUGCACGAGUGCUGUGCGGAUUUAAAGAGCCGCCGCUCACCUGCGUGGUCAUGAUGUGCGAGCCCAUCGCCCAUCCAUCAAACAUCGACACGCCGCUCGACAGCAAGACCUUUCUGAGUCGCCACAGCAUGGACAUGAAGUUUACUUACUGUGAUGACAGAGUUUCCGAGUUGAUGGGUUACAGUCCUGAAGAUCUCCUGGGCCGUUCGGCGUACGAGUUCUAUCACGCUCUGGACUCCGACAGCGUCACCAAAAGCCACCAGAACCUGUGCACUAAAGGCCAGGCGGUGAGCGGUCAGUACAGGAUGUUGGCUAAGAAUGGGGGCUAUGUGUGGGUGGAGACCCAGGGUACCGUCAUCUACAACAGUCGCAACUCCCAGCCCCAGUGCAUUGUGUGCGUGAACUACGUGCUGAGUGACGUUGAGGAGAAGUCCAUGAUCUUCUCUAUGGACCAGACUGAGUCUCUGUUCAAGCCUCACCACUUGAACCGUUUCUUCAGUCCCAGCAAAGGAGGCCUGGGCAAUGAGCCAGGAGAACUGCCCUUCACCAAACUCAAAGAGGAGCCCGAGGAUCUCACCCAGCUGGCACCUACACCUGGUGACACCAUCAUCUCUCUUGACUUUGGUAACCCUCAGUAUGAGGAGCACCCGAUGUACAGCAAAGUGUCUUCUGUUGCUCCUCCUGUGUCUCACGCUGUUCAUGAUGGACACAAGACGAGCUAUGCUGGAGACAUGGCCAAGAUGGCCUCCACUUUCUCUGUGCCUCAGGCUCCACCUCCCAGCAGUGCAACUCCCAGCCUGAGCAGCUGCUCUACGCCCAGCAGCCCUGAAGAUUACUACACCUCAGUGGACAGUGACCUGAAGGUGGAGCUGACAGAGAAACUGUUUUCCUUGGACACGCAGGAGACAAAGCCGUCCUGCAACCAAGAGACUGACCUGAGUGAUCUGGACUUGGAGACCCUGGCUCCCUACAUCCCCAUGGAUGGUGAGGACUUCCAGCUCAAUCCCAUCUGCCAGGAGGAGCCACCAUCUGAGAUUGGAGCCCUGGGAACCAACCAGCAGAGCUUCAGCAACAUCACAAGCCUCUUCCAACCCUUGGGUUCCCCUUCAGCAGCCCACUUCCAGUCCAACAUGAAUUCAGGAGGGGAUAAGCAGAGCAUCAACGGAGGCUCUGUGGAGUCGUGGCCAUCUGUACCGUACAGCAGGGGCCCCAUGCAGAUGCCUCCGUACCAUGAUCCCGCCAGCACCCCGCUGUCCUCCAUGGGAGGCCGUCAGAAUGUGCAGUGGCCGCCUGACCCUCCGUUAACCAGUAAGCCUGGAAUGAUGGAUCCUUUAGCUGCAAAGCGCUCUUGCCAAACUGGGCCAGCAAAUCGAAUGCCACCUUAUUUGCGAAGGCCCAUGGAGAACUUUGUGCAGAGCUACAGAGAUAUAAGUCCAGCUCGACUUGCUCUCGCUAACAAUUUCAAGCGCUCAUUCACACAGAUGACAAUGAGUGAGACGCCUCCCACAAAAUCACAACAGACAAUGUGGAAGAGACCUCGGAGUGAGAGCUGUGCCGUCAUGGACAGGAAAUCACUCAGCACUAGCGCUUUGUCAGACAAAGGCAUGGACCAGCAGCACAGGAAGACUCAGUAUUCGGGGAGUCAGGCCGGACAGCUGUCGAAGCGCUUUCGAGAACAGUGCUGUAACUACAGAGAGUUCAACAUGCAGCCUUCCUCCAAAAUGGAUGGAAUCGCGAGUCGCCUCAUCGGGCCCUCCUUCCAGGCCUACUCUCUGCCUGAACUGACGCGUUACGACUGCGAGGUCAACGUCCCAUUGCAAGGCAACCUUCAUUUGCUGCAGGGCAGUGACCUCCUAAGAGCAUUAGACCAGGCCACUUAGACCGGUUUCGACACAGAAGUGCAGUCCCACUUUCCCCCGACCCUAUCACUCAUCUCACAGUCACCAUCCUGACCAUAACCAACUCAGCUUUAGCACAUGCACAUAUACACCCUUCACAGGCAUAUCUACCUGACUGCAUACAUGACAAAUGUAGCUUUGACUCUAUUUUUAUUGUCUACAUCUUCAUAAAUUAUAUACAUGUACUAUUUUUUUAGUUACGAGACGGUUUCUGAAUGAGUUUAAGUAUUUUUGGAGGAGCUGAAAUGUCGCGUUGUGUUGUCUUCAGCUGGCUGGUUGUUUCUCUGCUUGGCAGAUCAUUUCGCCGAAGCUGUUUUCAGCAAAUUUUCUCCUCUUUUUCUCUAUCGAUGUCAGAUAAGAAAAAAAAGAAAAGAAAAAAACUAUCUACUGUAAGCUACUUGUUUUAAAAUGUUUUCAUUUCCUUUAUUUGUUCUAACUUUCCUACCUCUGACACCUCAUUAAAGACCCCAUGAAAUUAAAAGGCCAGUUCGGAGCUCAUUUAUAUGCUAAUGCAGUGGUUCCCAAAGUGUGUUCAGUUCAAAACAUUAUUAAAUAACUCACCAGCAUUAACAAUAGCUGCUCUUGAUACACAUGCUGCUGUCUUUCUACUCGCACAAACACAUUGCUCUGAGUGAAGGGUUGCCAGAUUUCACAAAAAGCAACCUGGUCUAGUACAUACAGUAUAAUAUAACUGGGGUCAUAUACAGUGACCCCAGUUAUCGCUUUAAGGAUGAAUAUAAACAAUUAAUUAAAUUCUACUAAAUUAAAAAGCAGUUCAAUUUAUUAGAAAUAAAACGGUUCAGUUUAAAAUAUUUAAAUAUAAUAUCAAGAAAAUAACAUUGCAUUAUUUAACACACAAAUUUAGUUUUAUUUUUAAUGAAAGUUAGGGCUGUCACAAUUCCUCGAUUCAAUUCAAGUACUCAAUUUUUCUUUUUUUUUAAAUCCUUGAUUGCAUUUUCCUAGUGUCGAAUAGCCGAUUCCACAGAUGAGAAUCCAUUAAAUGCAUUAUUAUUUUUCUAAGGCUGCAUGAUAUAUUAAACGCUUUUAAAAAAUCAUAAUAAAGCAUAAAUGCUAUUGUGAAUUCACAAACGCUACGAUUCAUUUAAAUAAGCAUAUGCCAUACAGGUUUAAUAUUUUUAUUUAUUAUUUCUGAAAGCUGAAUAAAUCUGCUGUAUGGUUUGUUAGGAUAAGACAAUAUUUGGCAGAGAUACAACUAUUUGAAAAUCUGAGGGUGCAAAAAAAUCUAAAUAUUGAGAAAAUCGCCUUUAAAGUUGAUCAAAUGAAGUUCUUAGCAAUGCAUAUUAUUAAUCAAAAAUUAAGGUUUGAUAUAUUUAUGAAAAUUUACAAAAUAUCUGCAUGGAACAUGAUCUUUACUUAAUAUCCUAAUGAUUUUUGGCAUAAAAGAAAAAUCGAUAAUUUUAACCCAUACAGUGUAUGUUUGGCUAUUGCUGCAAACAUACCCAUGCUACUUAAGACUGGUUUUGGGGUCCAGGGUCACAUAUGUGCUUUAUGUAAUAGCUCCGUUCACAGUAAAUGCUGAUCCACACAAACUGUUUUCAUUUACAUGUGUGGAGCGAUCUCUAAAUAUUGUGUGAGUUUGGGUUUAUUAUAACGUUCAUCUGGGAAUGCAACGUUCAUCAGAUUUGUAAGGUAAAUCAUUUAUAAACCUACUCAAACUCAGGAAAAUACAUCAAUAUCUUUCUCAAUAUGCUAACUGUACAUCGUAAUUUCAAAAUAAAAGUUUAAACCUUCGCUCUGAGUUUACACAUUAUUAUAAUUACGAUGACUUCAGCAUUUCUGUCAUGAGGAAAUGUCAAAAUAUUAAAGAUUAAGUUGACAUUUAAAUUAAAUGUUGUUUAGUCAAUAUUAAACAUGGAUUAAAUCAUGCAGUAAAGUGAAAAAACAAUCAUCAGGCCAUUGGCGCCCUCUGCAGUCAUUUAUUAUAAUGCGUAAUGCACGUUAGCUAUAGUUUACAAUAUUAUGUAUUUCAACAGUACCAUUGAUUAUUUGUUUUUGAUACUUCAUUUGAGCUAAUUAUUGCCUCAUUGCUAUUAUAUGCAUUUUAAGUCAUUUUAAAUGCUAUUGCUUCGCUACUAAAUUAAUCAUAAUUAUCCAAAUACUCGAUUAAUCGUCAGAAUAAUCGCCCAAUUACUCACCUACCAAAAUAAUUGUUAGUGGCAGCCCUAAUUCAAGUUUAAUUAAAAAUCAUACUGCUUUGUUUAAUUGCAUCUGUGAUGGCAACCACUGUGCUAGUGUACUCCUAAAACCUAACAAACUUAAUAUAUAUCACACAUACUUUAAAAGUGUAUUAUUUUAAAUAACAACAUUUAAUAUUUUAAUAUUAGGCCAAUCAAAUGAUUGUAAAAGAUAAUAAAUCAUGGAUUAAGGCUAUAUCCUGUUUAAAAAAAGAUUUCCAAAUCAAACUUAAAGGAAAUAUGUAAAAAACUGCGCUCAGAAGUCAUUUCAUGGGGUCUUUAUGCCUUGUCCCCACUGACCACUUUCAGUGUUCAUGUUAUUCAUGUGCCUUUCUUUUUUUUGUUUGAUUAGUUGCAAUACUGUGUUUCUGUCUCUGAGCUCUGUUUAUUGCCUUAUUGUGGAGACCACUUUAAAAACAUAUAUUUUUGUCAAUUUAGCUGUAAACUUACAUAUUUAAAGGAAGAUGCUCUAAGAUUUCUACUAUAGAUUUCUACUUUGAUGAUAAAGUUUAGCAUUUAUUUGUCCUGGUACUUUGUCUUGUCUACUCAGUAGAUGUGAAUCAGAGUCCUUAUUGAGUCUGCAGUGCUGGUGUCCUGUGCUCUUUCUUGGUGGCAUUUUUUUUUUUUCUGGAAAUAUGCAAAUGCAUAUUACAAUUAUUGGCAGGCCAGUACAGUUGGUUUAAAAAUUGGAGUAAAGAGGGUUUUUUUUUUUAAUUAAAACAAAUCUGUGUAGCAUAUUGGAUUCUUAAAAUGAGUUUAAUCUUAGUGAUUUCUUGCGUUGUUUAAACAUGGUGCUUCAUGCAGUUUGACCCAUAUGAAUGCGUAGAUAAUAACAUUAACUCUCUUCUUAUUUGAAUUGCCCUGAGGUUGUCUUUAAAGUUGAAUUAGAGAAAGAAUUGAUGAUGGUGAUUCUUCUACUCAAACACAUAUUCGCACUUACAUACAGUUUUAAUGUAAAUCUGAACCCCUGGUGAAAAAACGAAUGACACAUUGUGAAGAUUUAAAGGUACAAAGAUGAGGUUUGGCACACGGUCCAGUUUUUAAAGUAAUAGUGUUAUAAUAGUAAUAGUGUUUUGUGAGCAGACUGGAGAUGUGUUGCUGUAUUGCGGAUCUGCUGUGUAAGAUGCUAUUGAAAAGAGUGGCUGUGCACAACUAAAUUUAAAACUAAUUCAGCAUAGGAGUAAAUGCCACAAAACAUGUCAAGGUCAUAUUUCACAGGAUCAUAAGACAUUGUGCAUAUUUUCAGCACUAUUAAAAUUUUCUUACAUUAUUUUUAUGACAGCUACCCCAAAAAUACCCUCCAAAACUUCACCAAUUAUUAUUAUCUGAAUGCUAAAAAAAAAAAAAAAAAUUACAUAAUUUUAGUAGCUAUUUAGUGUUUUAUUAGUUUGUUCUAUAGAAUUAAAUAAAUACUUUAAAAAAAAUAGUGUAGUAUAUGUAACGGGAGUAAGUAAAAGUUAAGUAAAAAACAAGAGGAAAAAUUAUGUUUAUUAAAUUAUUUAUUUUUAUUGGUCACAUUUUACUUCAACAUUUUUUACAUUUUGGAUAAAAUAUGACCAAUAAAGCUCACAUACAUGGACAUUAUAUAAAAUUAAAAAAAUAGAUAAAUAAAAUGUUUAUUUCUUUUUAUUGGUCACAUCUGUUCUCAAUUAAGAUAUAUUUGUACAUUUUAUAUAUAAUUCAAUAUAAAAUUAUAUCAAAUGUGGCCAAUAAAACACGCACAUAUAUAAAUUAGGGCUGUCAAAUGAUUAAUCGUGAUUAAUGGCAAAUAAUCAUAAGUAAUCACAAAUAAUCGCGACCAAAAUCAAAGUUUUUGAUAUAUAUAUAUAUAUAUAUAUAUAUAUAUAUAUAUAUAUAUAUAUACACACACACACAUAAUACACAGUACACACAAAUAUAUUAUGUGUAAACAAACUUUUAUUUUGGAUGCGAUUAUCAUAAUUAAUCGCGAUUAAUCGUUUGACAGCCCUGAUAUAAAUGUAAUUUCUUUUGAUUUCGGGGUGAAAUGUGACUUUUUUUAGUGAUAUUUCCUUUAGUAUUCAACUGACAUGUGCACUAAAGUUUGCUGUAGGUUUUCAUGUCAUAACAUGUCUGAGGCUUACAAGUGUUUUAACUCUUUGAACAAUCCAGAAAUCACAGAGAGGCAGAGAUUACAAACUAGAUCUCAGACAUUUCAAUGCUCAAGACUCGCACAGAUUGACACUCCUAUCUGCUGCAGUGAUAGACAGUUACAGUAGACACAAUACGAGAGCAGGAGAGAGACCGCUAGACAGAUAACACGUGCAAAUCUCUCCAGACUCUCCUCAUCUUCACCUCUACGCAAAAAAGUAAAUGAAUAAAUAAAUAAAAUAAAAAAUACAUGCUGUUAGGUAAAAUUCUACAUAUUUUCAAAAAAAAAAAAAAAAAAACAGAUACAUCUAGACUCAAUGUUGACAUGCUUUCUAAAGCUUUCAGUUUUAGCAAAUGGCAAUAAUCCCAUAUUUAAACUCUUACAGGUGCCUUAACACAAAGAAAUCUGGGUCACUGCCCGUUUAAACAUGUAGCAUUUAACACUAAACUAUAAAGCAAUGCAGAACUAAACUUAUUACUUGAAUGUUCAGAUGUUAAUGCCAAAGGAGGAAAUGGUGAACUUGUGUGUUUCUCAAAGCAGUGCAGCCAUAUGAAGAUGUUAUGGUUAGUUGUGCAUUGGAAUGUGCAGAAAGCGCUGGUACAUGUAUGUCUGUCUAAUUUCUACUACUAUGAAGGUCAUUCACCAGACCAAGCCCCCAAAACCCGCUGAAUUUCAGAUGACACACUGCUUAAUGGUUUUGUGGUUUUCUUCAACUUUAAAGACAACAUUAGAUAAAUGCAUAAAAUAGGCAUUUUUUUAUAAAACAAAAAAAUUAAGCAAGUACGUACAUAUUUUAAUAUGCUAAAUGUAUAUUGACAUUAUUAUGAUACUGUUAUUAUGAUUAUUGUUGACAUUACUGUAUGGGAAAUUUUACCCAAUAAGUUGUAUCUCUGCACUGAUAUCUUAUUAAAGCUUAUCAAUCUUC